CAGCUUUUCAAUCUUAGAUUCAUACUGUGGUUUUUGCAGAGCGCGACCCGGACACGCAAAUGAGCAACAUUACACUCAAUGUCUACGACUUGUUCAGCACCAAUGCAUACACUGCCUGGCUCGGGGUUGGCGCCUUCCACACAGGCGUGGUCAUCUAUGGCAAAGAGUACGCGUUCGGCGGUCAUCCGUACGAGUUCACGGGCGUCUUCCGCACCGCGCCACGGCAGGCACUUGCUGAGAACAUGAUCUUCCGCGAGAGCAUUGCGUUUGGCCGGACGGGGCUGAGUGAAGACGAGGUCUCGCGCGUCAUCGACCGGCUCGCACGAGACUACACUGGCGUCUCCUACAACAUCCUCGCGCGCAACUGCAACCACUUUGCGUCCGACCUCUGCAUGGCGCUCGUUGGAAAGCCCAUCCCAGGCUGGAUCAACCGGCUCGCGUAUCUGACUUCGUGGGUUCCGUGCUUGCUACCAAAGGAGCUGAUUGAGCCGCCGACCGCGCAGAGUCAGGGCCCGCAAGCCAAUAAUGGCGUGUCGACACAGCCUACACUAGUAGCUUUCUCGGGUGAAGGCCGUCGAUUAGCACAAGAGAAUCAGCACAGCCAUAGUCAUAGUCACAGCCACAGCCAUAGUCACGCACACGCACAUGGUGGGCCAAGUAAUGCAGAUGCGGCUGCUCAGCGACGAGAGCUUCUUGCACUUGCCGCGGUUGCUCGGACGAACGCAUUAUUUCAACAGCAACACCAGCAAUAGUCCCAGCGCUUCGCGUCUAUAAUCAAGAAUCUACUACUGCCUCUUCGCGAUGUGGAAGAAAAAAAUGAGAGUGGCGCGAAAGAGAUGGUGAAAUUUUCAUUGUUACAAAUGCAGUAGAAUUCAACUGCUA